UGGGGUCUUGGGGUGCCCUAUAGGGUAAGCCAUGGGGUCUUGUGGUGCUCUAUGGGGUGCUGGGGUGCCCUAUGGGGUAAGCCAUGGGGUGUUGGGGUGCCCUACUGGGUAAGCCAUGAGGUCUUGGGGUGCCCUAUGGGGUGUUGGGGUGCCCUAUAGGGUAAGCCAUGGGGUGUUGAAGUGCCCUAUGGGGUGUUGGGGUGUUCUAUAGGGUAUGCCAUGGGGUCCUGGGGUGCCCUAUGGGGUGUUGGGUGCCAUAUGGGGUAAGCCAUGGGGUGUCGAGGUGCCCUAUAGGGUGUGGGUAAGCCAUGGGGUCUUGGGGUGCUCUAUGGGGUCUUGGGGUGCCCUAUGGGGUAAGCCAUGGGGUGCUGUCGUGCCCUAUGGGGUGUUGGGGUGCCCUGUAGGGUUUUGGGGUGACCUAUGGGUACGCCAUGCGGUGUUGGGAUGCCCUUUGGGGGUGUUGGGGUGCCCUAUAGGGUAAGCCAUGGGGUAUUGGGGUGCUCUAUGGUGCACUGGGGCACCCCAUAGCAGUGCUGAGGACCUUGGGGUGCACUAUGGGAUAUCAGGGUGCCCCACGGGGAUUCUGAUCGGCCCCAUAGGGUGUUGGGUUGAUCUAUGGGGCACUGGGGUGACCCGUGGAGUAUUGGGGUGACCCAUGGGGUAUUGGGGUCUCCCAUUAAAAUCCCCCUUUCUCCCCCCCCCACCCCAGAUUAUCCACUUCCUGCGCACGCGGGCGCAUCCAAUCAUGGCCAAGCAGAGCCCGGUGUUGCCCCCCACCAUCACCGACCAGAUCCGCCUCUGGGAGCUGGAGAGGGACCGACUGCGCUUCUCCGAGGGAGUGCUCUACAACCAAUUCCUAUCCCAGGUGGACUUUGAGGUUCUUCGUGACCACGCCAGGUCUUUGGGGGUGUUGAUGUUCGAAAACCCCACGCGACGUCUCAUGGUGGUGACCCCAGGAGGUCACCCCGACGUCAAACGUUUUUGGAAGAGGCAGAAGCACAGCACGUAGGGACCCCCCUCCCCAUUUAUUUUUUUUAAAUCUAGAUACCAAAUGUGGGUUUGUUUGCUUUUUUUUUUUACCGUAAGAAUAAAAAAAUGAGAAUUUUGGAGGAGUUCCGUCCUCGUUUUCCCGUGAAAUGGCCACGUUUUACAUCCACGUCACCU